UAGCGAGCCUCCUCGACGGACGCCUGCGUUCGCGACAUUCACCUGCUGCUCUUCUCCUCCUCAAUCAGCUCCGCACGCCCAUCCCUUAGCUAUCCGCCCUCUAGGACGCUCGCCGCAGCAUUCCCGCUUGCCUCGCGGCAAUGCCCAAGUCGCACAGCAGCAGCGCUCCCUCCGUUCCCCGCCGGCAGUCGUCCUUCCUGCAGGCGCUCCCUCUGCGCAGCUCUCCCUCGUUCGAGGUCUCGCUCGCUGGCUCGCCCGUGCACGCUGGCGUGCAGGCCUCGCCGAGCGGCAGCGACACAUCGGGCUGGUCGGUGCGCACCUCUCUUUCCGAGGUGCUGCCUGCCAUGCCGCUCUUUCCGGCCGCACAGCACAGUCCGUGCCAGACUCGAGGCGCAGGCAGGUGCAGUGAUGCAGCUUGCGUGGACUGCAUCACCUCGGGCAUGGGCUUUCUCGAUGUCUUUGCGCCGUCCACUUCGGCACGGAGCAUGGGCAUGGCCAAGUCCGACUGGCGCUUUCCGCAGGGCGGCAGCGCUUCGAAGAUGCGCGAGUCUGCAUCGACGCUUCCUACGUCAAGCCACAGCUCUUCAGACCGCUCCACCUCGGAGGACGAGUCAGACGUGACGCCCACCGCCUCGCCCUCCGUCUCGCCCAAGUCUCAGCCGGUCGAGUUUGCCAGUCGACGCAGGGCACUCUCGGCGCUGCGGGAGGAGUCUGAGCCUGUCUCGCCUGCCGUGCUCCUUGCGCGCUCCGCUCGGCGUGCCCGUCAAAACGGGCCACUCGCAACGCAUACUCCGCCCGCUCCGAUGCGCCUCGACGAAGUGCGAGCCAUGCACCUGCCCGAGACUUGCCGCAAUCUCAACUCGGCCUUGGCGCUGGGCUCUCCCUUUCAGUCCGCACCGGACCGAGGGAGCGUGCGAGGCGCUGCCCUUUCGUCGCCAGUGCAUGUCAAGGCUCCGUCGCUACGGACUGUAUCCGCUGCGGCCGAUGGCGUCUCGCCCGGCAAGCCAUUCUUCGACGCACUCUCUCCUCCUCGCUUCGCAGCCUCGCCCUAUUCUACCGCCAGCAGCAGUGCAGCAAGUCGCUCCCUCCUUGCUCGCCGCAGAGACACGACGCCUUCUCCCUCUGCCCGCUACAACCCAAGUAUCUUCAGUGCCAGCUCUGCCGGUGAUUCACCCGUCGCUGGACGCGCUUUUCGUCCGCUGCCAGCUCAGGCGCCGUACCCGAAAGCGCCACUGCCAGCACCGCCCCGCAACGAAGCUGGCACGAGGCCGUCGGCCCGCCCAAUGUCCGUCCCGACGCCGGAACGCGGUGCCGAGGCAGACAUCAGCGAUGCAAACGACACGCCCAUGCACGAGCGCACCGAGCGCAAUGAGCAGGAGUCUCCAGACGUGCCGCUGGUAGCACAGCGCAUGCAUGCCCUUGUGCAUGCCUCUGCUAUGCUACAGCGUGAGCGUAAGGAGGCGGCCAAUCGCAAGCUUGCAGCGUCCGCCGAGGUGUCAGACUACGGUGCGCAGUCGAAGCGCAAGCGGACCGCAGAGCAGCUGCUGCGAAUCAGCACCGACUCGAGAGGUCGAGACUUGCCAGCUUUGUCUUCGCCGACGAGGCCGCGAUCCUCUACCAUCGACGAGCUGAUGCGUCAGUGCAUGACGGACGCCAAUGGCGAGCCAGCGGAGCCGCGACUCUCGUAUGCGUCCGAUUCGGUCUUCGUGCACAACGCCACCGGACCAGUGCUGCCUCGCGACUCGACGUCUCUGCGGCCUCGACUGCCAUCGAUUGCGCCGUCGAUCGACGCAGCAGGCAUGGCACUCUGCGGUGCACCUCGACCGCGACCUUCGCGUAUCCUGGGUCGCGUCCGCUCCUCGCUGCUUCGCAAUGCUCGUCCGUCCUCGUCGUUGUCUCUUCGGCGUCAGGCCACGCAGGAGACGAGCGUCAGCAGCCGGCAUCCCGAGCGCGUCGAGAGUCCGGAGGUCUUCGUCAUCAGCGCUGCUUCAUCGCGCCGCACCUCCGCGUGCGACUCUGACGGCUCCGAGGACUUUGAGAUGGAGGCAGUCGAGCAGCGCUACGGCAUCUCCUUGCAGAACGCGCUGAGUAUGACGCCGCCGACUCCGCACAUCGCAGCGUGGGCGAGCGGCACCUUUACGCCGCCGAGCAUCGACAUUGUCCGACCACACGUGUCCAUGGGUGACUUGGCCGUCGUCGCUAGCACGCUGGUGCAGCUCGGCAGCGAGCGCUCGGCAGCGCAAGCCGCCGAGCGUGCGAACGCUCCUCGUCCGGCGGCUGCUUCGCGCAGCUCUCUGCAGCUCAGCUCUUUGGCAAGGCGAGCGAGUGCACCGCUGCGUGACCUAGCGACACGGCAGCGUACCUCGCAGGACGGCGACGACGGACCAGAUGGGAUUCAGCGCUCGCACACGAUCUCGCGGGCAUUCUCGUCGAUCAACCUCGGAGCGAAGCGCCGCAAGCAUCUGGAUGACCGACUUGCAGCAUCGCACGACGAGCCUCGAGCCAUGCAGGUCUCGAGCCCCACACUGUUCGCCUCGAGCGCCUCCUUUGCUGCUCUCAAGUGCCAGCCGCUCGCAUCGGCAUCGCCUUCCGACGUCGAGGCGCUGCACGCCUUCUCGAACGCACAAGCACCGUCGGCGGCUGCCGCAGAAGCCCAAAGCGACGAGGAGGACGCGUUCCUCGACUCUUCGGACGAGACGCCGAUGAGCAGUCCGAGUCUCCGUUCGCCUCGCACGCCGAGGCUGCUGGACUACCGCAUGUCCAGCGUCACCACGCCAGGUGCGAUCUCGCAAGAUGACGCUGCCGUACUGCGCGCCUUCUACGCGGACGACAGUCCGAUGCAGACGGAGCAGCAGCCUGCCUACCUGUCGCCGCCUCAGCGCCGCCCGGGCACAAGCUGCAGCGGCAGCAGCGAGAGCAGCGGUUCCACCUCAUCUCCUGCUACGCCACGCGAAGGCUUCUCGCCACGCCGCGCGUCCGUCAGGCCACGCAUCGACGCCGACGAUGCGCUCGCGCCCGAGACUGCCGGUCUGCUCGCUGCCUUCUGGCAAGCUGACGCAGCCGACUCCUGUGCUGCCUCUCCAAACACCUGCGCUGCCCCUCCCAGCGCCUUCGCCGCCUCUCCGGCCAUCUCGCACUCCUCACCUCCUCCGCGCCCGUCAGGCCGGUGCGGCACGUACUUUCUCGCACCGCCGAGCGCCACGGACUCGCCGACGCUUGGGCACCUGGCGGCGCCGAGCUGGGCCGCUCCCGCAAACGAGAAGCUGAGCGUCAACAGCGUCGCCUUUCCUCGCCUCGGCGCAUACUGGGCCGAUGGACGCAGUCCUAGCCUAGCAGCGCCGCCAACGCCCGACUGCAGCGUCGAGCAGAAGCCACAGCAGCACAGCCAGCCCAAGGCGCAGAUGGGCGCCGGCGUCGCGAGCCUGAAGGCCAGACUGGGCCUGGCCUAGACUGCCUGUGUCCCUCAAUGCGCUCGCGGAUCCUCCGCCAUGCCCCUCAGGUCUCUUCCACGCCUUCUGUUCUUGUCUUUCCAUACAUACCCUGUCCCUCGUGCUCUCUCAUCGCAACGCAAGCAUGCCUGUUCAUCGCCUGGCUGGUACGAGGUCCACGCGCCCUCCCUCAUGAU